AUGGGCAAGUUCAUGAAGCCUGGGAAGGUGGUGAUGGUCCUCGCUGGACGUUAUGCCGGCCGCAAAGCCGUCAUUGUUAAGAACAUCGACGACGGCACGGCCGACAGACCUUACAGCCACGCCCUGGUGGCUGGCAUCGACCGCUACCCCCGUAAGGUGACCGCCAGCAUGGGCAAAAAGAAGAUCGCCAAGAGAUCCAAGAUCAAGGCCUUUGUCAAGGUCUACAACUACAACCACCUCAUGCCCACCAGAUACUCUGUGGACAUUCCCCUUGACAAAACUGUGGUCAACAAGGAUGUCUUCAGGGAUCCCGCUCUCAAGGCCAAAGCCAGACGGGAGGCCAAGAUGAAGUUUGAAGAGAGGUACAAGACGGGCAAGAACAAGUGGUUCUUCCAGAAGCUCCGAUUCUAA